CUUUCCAGAACGCUCCGUGGGAGGUGGAGGAGCAGCGUCUGCCCCAACUGCAUUGUGCUAUGCUCCUCUUUCCACUCUCCGGCACCGGCCCGCUCACCGGCUGUUGAAAGAUGGUGAAAGAAACCACUCACUAUGAUGUUUUGGGGGUCAAACCCAAUGCCACCCAGGAAGAACUGAAGAAGGCAUAUAGAAAAUUAACCUUGAAGUACCACCCUGAUAAGAAUCCAAAUGAAGGAGAAAAGUUUAAACAGAUUUCUCAAGCUUACGAAGUUCUUGCUGAUUCCAAAAAAAGGGAAUUAUAUGAUAAAGGAGGAGAACAGGCCAUUAAAGAGGGCAGAGCAGGUGGUGGUUUUGGCUCACCAGUGGAUAUCUUUGACAUGUUCUUUGGAGGAGGAGGGAGGAUGCAAAGAGAACGGAGAGGUAAAAAUGUUGUGCAUCAGCUCUCAGUGACCUUAGAAGACUUGUAUAAUGGUGCAACAAGAAAAUUAGCUCUGCAAAUGAAUGUGAUUUGUGACAAAUGUGAAGGCCGAAGUGGUAAGAAAGCAGCACUUGAGUGCUGUCCCAACUGUCGGGGGACCGGCAUGCAAAUCAGGAUUCAUCAGAUCGGACCAGGAAUGGCACAAAUUCAGUCAGUGUGCAUGGAAUGCCAGGGUCAUGGAGAACGCAUCAGUCCUAAAGACAGAUGUAAAAGUUGCAAUGGAAGAAAGAUAGUUCGAGAGAAGAAGAUUUUAGAAGUUCAUAUUGAUAAAGGCAUGAAAGAUGGUCAGAAGAUAACAUUCCAUGGUGAAGGAGACCAAGAACCAGGACUGGAACCAGGAGAUAUUAUCAUUGUGUUAGACAAGAAGGACCAUGCUGUUUUUACACGACGAGGAGAAGACCUUUUCAUGUGUAUGGACAUACAGCUGGUUGAAGCAUUGUGCAGCUUCCAAAAGCCAAUAUCCACUCUUGACAGCCGAACCAUAGUCAUCACUUCUCCUCCAGGUCAGAUUGUCAAGCAUGGAGAUAAAUGUGUGCUAAAUGAAGGUAUGCCAAUAUAUCGUCGGCCAUAUGAAAAGGGACGUCUUAUCAUUGAGUUUAAGGUAAACUUUCCUGAAAAUGGCUUUCUCUCUCCUGAUAAGCUCUCUUUGCUGGAAAAACUCCUUCCUGAAAGGAAGGAAGUGGAAGAGACUGAUGAAAUGGAUCAGGUAGAACUGGUGAACUUUGAUCCAAAUCAGGAAAGACAGCGUCAUUAUAAUGGAGAAGCAUAUGAGGACGAUGAACAUUACCCCAGAGGUGGUGUUCAGUGUCAGACCUCUUAAUGGGCCAGUUCCUCUUUGUCAUUCUAAAUGCAGUAGUGAAUGUGGGAAGGACUGUAAUCAUAAUAUACUCACUACUUGGCUAUUGUUUUGUUUU